AUGGCGCAAACCGACGGCGCACCCGCCUACUCCCUCCCCAUCCACGCCGCGGAACAGCUCCGCGCCGCCGGCCGCGAGCUCGCGCUGGCCGGCGACCACGAGGCGGCCCUCGCCAAGUACACCGAGGCCGCCGCGGCGUUCGCGCGCGCGGGCUUCGCCAAGGGCGUCGGCGUCUGCCUGACGAACCGCGCCAUCGUCGCCGGCAAGCUGGGCCUCUGGGCCGAGGCCUACUGCGACGCGGCGCGCGGCGCGCGCGCCUUCCCCGGCCACGCCAAGGCCUGGUUCCGCGCGGCCGCGGCGCUCGAGGCGCUCGGCAAGCCGCGCGCGGCCUCGAGCCUCUACUACCGCGCGGUCGAGGCCGACGAGAAGCUCUACGCGCAGUGCACGCCGCGCAUCCAGCGCUGCCGCGAGGCGUCCGUGGCGCGGACGCGGGACCAGGCGUCGCGGGCCCUCGUCGCCGUCGACGACGAGGCCGACGACAUGUCGCCGCUCGCGCCGGUCCCGCGGCCCCCGCCCGCGGCGGCGCCGGCGGCGAAGGUCUGGAUCGGCCUCGGCGCGGGGCGGUGCGGGCUCCACUCGCUGGCGCGGCUCGCGGGCCUCGGCGCGCGGUCGGCGGCGGCGUGCCUGUCCUGCGCGCCCGACGACCGGCCGCUGCUCUGGGCGCCGGGCGAGGCGCGCGGCGCCGUCGCGGCGCGGCGCCUCGCGGCGCUCGAGAAGGUGCGCGGCGCCGACGUCGUCGGCGACAUCCACUGGGCCUGGCUGCCCUACGCGCGCGCCGUGCUCGAGGUCGCGCCGGCGACGCGCUUCGUCGUGCUGCGGCGCGAGCGGCGCGCGUGCGUCGAGUCGUGGUACUACUGGACGGAAGCCGGCGCGCGGCGGCGCACAAUUAAUGGAGACGCGCCGGGCUUCGGCGCGGCGAAGAACCCCUUCGCGGACCACGACGCGGCCGAGUGGGAGUGGGACGAGUGGGACCUCACGCUGCCGAACCACGCCGCGGCGACGAAGCGCGGCGCGAUCCGGGCCUUCUACGACGCGUACUACGCCGCCUGCGCCGAGCUCGAGCGCGAGUUCCCGGCGAACGUCCGGACCUACGACUGCGAGGCGCUCUUCGAGUCCGAGGCGGAGCAGCGCGACCUCUUCGCAUGGCUCGGCAUCCGCGGCGACCCGCCGCGGGAGCGCGUCUGCGAGAACCAGCAGCGCUACCUCUACCUCGCGCCCGAGGGCGACGACGACGCCUUCGUGGCCGGCGACUUCGCGGAGCGCCUCGACGACGACGACGACGACGAGAGCGCGACGGCGUCGAGCGACGACGACGAGGCCCGGACGGUCGCCGCGCCGCACCGCGCGGCGCCGGACGCGCGACGGAUGCUCGCUGUUGUUGUACCAGCUGGCGCGCGGCCGGGGGACAAAGUCAAUUUCACGUUCCGCGGCGUCGCGAUACAGGCGACGGUCCCCGCCGGUCUCGCGCCCGGCGACAAGUUCCACGUGCCCGCGCCGGACCGGCCGGACGACUCGAGACCGCCGCCGGUUCCGCCCGCGCCGCCGCCGCCGCCGGCUCCGGCAGUCAAGGCAGACACCGCGGACGCGCUCGAUUAG